AUGGGAAGGGGGCGCUGGUUGAGGAAGGCUGCGAGGAAGGGCGGCGGGGCGGCACAGCGCGGCUAUGGCGAUGGGGUGGUGCAGGGCGGCCGCCGGGGCCUGGGUCCGCUGGGCGGGGCGGCGGGCGGGCCGGCGACGGGGCGGGCUCCAGGGGGCGGGGCUGGACAGCGCGGCUACAGUGAUGGGGGGGGCAGGGCGGCCGCCGCGGCCUGGGUCCGCUGGGCGAGGCGGGGCGGCGGUCUGGCGACGGGGCGGGUUCCGGGGGGCGGGGCUGGACGGCGCCUCAUCAGGCUCCGGGGGUGGCGCGGGCUAGCGGCGGCUUGGGCUAUGGGGGCGGCGCGGGUGAGGUGA